AUGGGUUCCGUACAAAUUGACUUGGCCGAGUUGCCUGCCAUGAAGAGCAACCCCAAGUUCAUCUUCUUCACCGACUUCGAUGGCACCAUCACGCUCCAAGACUCCAAUGACUUUAUGACCGACAACAUUGGUUACGGGCAAGAAAAGCGCCGCGCCGGCAACAUCGCCUGUCUUAACGAUCAAAUCUCAUUCCGCGAUUCCUUCCGCGACAUGAUGGACAGCGUCACGAAGCCCUACGACCAAUGCAUCCAAUACCUGGUCGACAACAUCAAGCUGGACCCUGGCUUCAAGAGCUUCUUCGAAUGGUCCCUGGAGAACAACAUCCCGGUCGUGGUCCUGAGCUCAGGCAUGGAACCCGUCAUCAAGGCACUACUGGAGAAGCUAGUAGGCCCUGAUGCAAGUAAGAUGCAGGUGCUGGGUAACUACGUAGGGCCGAGGGAGGGGAAGAACAUCAACGAAGAAGGUGGCUGGCAGAUUCUGUUCAAGCAUCCAGACUCCGGCUUCGGCCACGACAAGUCGGUCGAACUACGAAAGUACUCUAACUUGCCGGAAGACGUUCGACCGACCAUGUUUUACGCCGGCGACGGUGUUUCAGACCUUUCGGCCGCUCGGGAAACAGACUUGCUCUUUGCAAAGAAGGGCCACGACCUCAUCAGCUACUGCGCAAGGGAAGACGUACCCUUUACAGUUUUUGAGGAUUGGUCCAACAUCCUGGCCAAAUGCAAGAGCAUCGUAGAGGGCAAGACUACCGUAAAGGCCGCUGCCAAGGAAGGCUACGAGGCGUACAAGAGCGGAGCUGCCGGCAUCGAGGUCUAG